GUCCAGAUGUGGAGGAAAUUAAAGCUCUGUGAGCAGCUCCAAGGGGAGCCCCCAGUUCCUGGUGCAUUCUCCUAUGGCUCCAGAACCCACCAUGAGGCUUCUCUUUCUGCUGUGGGGCUGCUUGGUGCUCCCAGGUUACGGAACCCUGGUGGGCCCCAAGGAGAUUAGUGGCUUUGCAGGAGAAUCGGUGACCUUGCAGUGCACCUAUGGGGAUGAGCUAAAGAAGUACCCAAAAUACUGGUGCAAGGAUGUGGGGGUCUUCGUGUCCCGCUGCUCCACCACCGUCUACGCAGGUGAGGAUGGCCGAGAGAGUUCGAAGGACAGAGUGUCCAUCCUGGACAGUCGCCGGGACCGCACACUCACCGUGACCCUGAGGGAGCUCACCCCAACAGACACUGGGAAGUACCUGUGUGGGAUCAGCAAGCUGGGCUUUGACAAGACUUUCCAGGUCUCUCUGCAUGUCUUUUCAGGUCCCUGCUGUACUCCCUCCCCUAUUCCCUCCUUACAGCCUCUAGCCACCAGGAGCCUGCAGCCCAAGGCAAAAACUUGGCAAACUCAGCCCCCAGAAUUGAGGGCCUACCGCUUAGCCACACAGCUGAGCUCCACCUCAAGGGAGGACACCAGCCUCGUCCCCAGCAGCAGCAGCUCCAGACCCAGGGUAUCCAUCCCACUGGUCCGAAUCCUGGCUCCAGUCCUGGUGCUGCUGACCCUUUUGCUGUUCACGGGCCUGGCAGUCAUCGGUCGCUGCAUGUUCCAGUGGAAGAAGGAAGCACAGCUGGCUGAGGACACACUGGAGAAGGAGAAGGUACACCUUUCACAUGUGGCAGUGGGAAACAACUGGGUCCCAGAGUAUGCUGUGAUCAACCUUGCAGGCCCCUCGGAGUCUGACACCAGCCCCAAACCCCCCACCUGUCCGUACACUGAGGUCCAGCACCUAAACCAGAAUUCAGAGGAAGAUGAAGCUUCUUUACAGGGCCUCGAGAGGUCCGUGAUUCCUGGGCCUCCUCUCCACAUGUCUGGAGAAGCACUGGACUUCAUCGCAGUCUAGUCCUACCAUGCCCACCUUCCAGGCCAGACCUGCCAUACACCUGAGUGUUGGAGCCGCACUAACUGUAGUCAGCUUCCUGCUACAGAUUUAGCACUUAUCAGCCAGAUGCUGUGGCUCUGCCCAGCCUCCCUUAGGCUCUCCUCCUGCCCCACACCUGGAAGACUGUCAGCCCUGGAGUCUGCAGGAGUGGCCUCACAGUUCUAACUGGAAACACCUGCCCCCCCCCCCACACACCAUCUCCACAUCCCUGCAUCUGUAUUUGUAGCCACUGGACCCCCAUCAGGUCUCAGGGAGUCUGAUGUAAGUUUGUAUCUGCUAUUGAAUGUACCCUGUGUACUGUGCCCCCAACAGUGCCAUUCUUCCCACUCCAGACCCACCAUCUCUCCCCUUGCUUCCAUCCCAACUCACUCCACACUCUUCUACAUAGAGUAGGGAGGAAGAGGGAGGUUCUGGGUUAGCCUGCAUCCUGGUUUCUCAGAGCAGGGCUGAGAAUACCUACAUCACAGUCCUUCAGGAUCUUGUUAAAUACUCCAUUUCUGGUCCCCACCAAGACCUACCAAAACCAUCUCUAGAGAUGAACCUAGAACUCUGCAUUGCUAAUAAGUAUCCUGGUGGUUCUAACAUUCAUGUUUGAGGCUCAGUGGGCCUGUUGAACUCUCAGGUCCCUCAGCUUGGAAAAUCCACUCUGGGCAUAUGAAUCUGUAACUUCUCCCAUCUGCCCCCACAGGGGAUGCGCUGCCCAAGAUGCAGGACCCAGCUGGGGGCUGUCCUGGGCCUGUCUGAGCCUGGGUGCAGCCCACAUUCACAUGGGAGGGGUGAGCCCAGCACUGGCAGGGAGAAGGUAGGUUUCUGAUGCCUCUUCCCAGCCAUAUCUAAAUAGAAGGGUGGGGACAGGUACCCUGAGUCUGGUCCCCUGGGUGGGGCUGGGUGUAGAGUACGAGGACUAGAAGUGCAUUUUUUAAAAUGAAAUUUGGGGGAGGAAUGCCUUCAAAAUUUGGAGAAAGAAGAAAACAAACCACCCACAGUCUCACCACAACCCAGAGAUAGUCACUACACUUUGCUGUAUUUCUUUAUAGCCUUUUCAUUUUCUCCACAUCACUUGCUGAUGUCCUUUUAUGAUUUAUCUUGUAUAUACAACUCCAUAGCCUCCUCUCCCCACUGAAUUACCAUGUCACAAGCAUUUAAGGUUUUUCAUGAUAUUCUGUAAGCCUUUUGAAAUGUGUGUAUUCAGCUAGCAUUACAAGCCUUUUGUAAAUAAAAUGCUUUUCAGUUGCAUAGUA